AUGCACGCUUCCACAGGUACCGAGACAAAGUUCGCGGGGUCGUCGUGUAACGACCUGGUGACGUCAGACGGGGCCGGCUCCACCAUCAUCUCGGGACACUUCGACAAGAGGAUCAGGUUUUGGGACAUUCGCACCGAGAUGUCCGCCAAUGAUAUAAUGCUGCAAGGAAAGGUCACCUCGCUUGAUCUCAGUAGAGACAACAAUUACCUGCUGGCGUGCGUUCGGGACGACACAAUACAACUAAUAGAUCUGAGGAUGAAUACCAUCGUCCGUUCUUUCAGCCAUGAGUCGUUCAAGGUGGGGUGCGACUGGUCGCGGGCGGCGUUCGGUCCGGGCGGGCGACUGCUGUCCGUCGGCGCGGCUGACGGGGCCGCAUAUGUAUGGAACACACAUUCCGGACGACUCGAAACUAUACUCAAGGAUCACACGUCGGCAGUAACGGCGGUGUCAUGGCAUCCUCAGUCUGGAUUACUGGCGUCAGUAGAUCGCGGCAAGCGCGCAGUCAUCUGGGGAGAUUUGUGA